GAUUCUGCUGGUGUCCGUGACAGGAGCAGCUGGCAGCACCAUCCAAAUAUGGCGGUCGUUUCUAACACGUCGUAUGGAAAGAUAGUUCACUUCACUUGUUUUGCUCCUGUAGUCCAGCUGUAGUCUGAGGGAAUUACUAAACAAAAGUAGUGUACUGUGUCGUACAAUUAGAAGUAUCAUAUUACGGUCAUUUGUAAUUUUAUAUCUCAAAAACUCGAUAAAUUAUCAGGUAUAAAUUACUUUACUAAAUUAAUGGUUUUCUCUUGCAUUGAAAUUCUCUGCUCUUGUUAAGAAGAUGGAAUUCAGUAGACAGUUGUUACAUCGUUUGCAGCUGACACUUGCUGGCCAGUUGGCUCUCGUCAGAUCCUUUCAUGUGACACCAGCAUGUCAGAAAGUGCAAGCAGGGCGUUACAGGAUCACCACAAAACGUAACAAACCAUUAACCUAUGAAAUGUCCAAUCCUCCUCACCAAAUUGCUCACAGAAAAUCGUGGAACUCCUGGAAUACUGCUAAUAUUCUUGGAGGUGUACGCCCUGCAGAAACUACAAUUGAAGAUCUAUUUAUUCGUAAAUUUAUGACUGGUACUUGGCAUAAUUUAUUUUUAUCUGAAGUAAUCAUCAAAAGGCAACACAAUAUGAUUCGAAUUGCAGGAUUGGUAAAACAAGCAAUCUCUGCUCGUAAAAUGUAUUUUUUGAUAGGGUUCACAGAAGAAAUAUUAAGUUGUUGGCUCCAAUGUCCAGUUAAACUUGAAUUACAGACUGUUGAAGAUCCAAAGGAUGCCAUUUUCAAAUAUAUAUAAUUUUGUUUUGAAUUGUACAUAGAUAAUAGUAGUUAAAUAAAUAAACAAAAAGUAUUUUACACAAAUUCUAAAUUUCAGUAUCCUGUUCCUUUACUUAAACAGUUGCAUACCAAUGCCAUUUAUGGUAUCAAAGAUUUACAGCACUCUUGAAAAAACUAAAAUAUGCUAAAGGAAAUUUAUGUAAUUGAGAUGCUAAAUAUAUUUAGCUAUAUUUUACUAUCAUUUUCAGUAAGCUUGUUACAAUGUUUUCAGUUUCAGACGUAUCGUAAAGGCCCUUUUAAUUUCAGCAAAUAUUCUUGGAGGUGUACGCCCUGCAGAAACUGUAAUUGAAGACCUAUUUAUUUGUAAAUUUAUGUGUGGUACUUGGUAUCAUUUAUUUUUAUUCAAAGUAAUCAUCAAAAGGCCACAAAAUAUAAUCAAAAUUGCUGGAUUAGUAAAACAAGCAAUAUCUGCUCGUAAAAUGCAUUUCAUUUUAUAAUAACAUAACAAGCCAAACUCAAUAUAUAAUUAAACAAUAUUAUAUGUAAUAUUAUUUAUGAAUUAAUUUACUAAUUCAUACAAUUUUAGUUAAUAUUAUUCAUGAAUUCUAAUCCAUUGCACUUUCAUGGUCUCUUUGGUUCCUGUAAAUUUGUAUUAAAGAUUGUGGUUUGAUCAUGGAUCUAGUACAAUCCGGUAAUUACUCUACUUGGCAAGUACUGUGUUAAAAAGUUGUUAAAUACUGGAAUAUGAAUGAAUGACAAAAUAAUUCAGUAAUUCUCAGAAAUAUUUUUAAGAAAUGUUAUUAAAAUAAUUUUCAUGAUAAUG